AUGAAUCCUGCUUCGGAAAAAGGAAGUGAUCAUGAUCAUGAGCAUAAUGAGCAUGCAAAGCAUGUUGAGCACGCCCAUGGCGGCGAUGCAGCUGAUCUUACAGCUUUGGGCUACAAACCUGAGCUUCAGAGGAAUCGAUCCAUGUUUACUCUUCUUUUCCAAUCUCUAGCAAUUGCCGCUAUACCCUACGGUUUCGGCGCACCUCUCAUCAAUUCUGUCUAUGGCGGUGGUCAACUAUCCAUGUUUCUCGGCUGGAUCAUCGUCUGCAUUCUCGACGAAUGCAUCGCCAUCUCCCUCGGCGAACUCGCCGCCCGCUGGCCCACCUCCGCAGGGCCAUACUACUGGUCCUUCCAAAUCGCCUCACCCAAGUACAGAACCGUUCUCUCAUUCAUAACAGGCUGGACAUGGCUCGUCGGCAACUGGACCAUCACGUUAUCCGUCAACUUUGGCUUUGCGUCCCUUCUCGCGGGCGGCGUCAGCAUUUUCCUCCCCGAGUACGAUUGGCAGCCCUGGAAGCUCGUGCUGAUCUUCUACGGUCUUUGCGUGGUGACGUUUUUCAUCGUUGCUUUUGGAAACAAGUUUCUUCCUACUGUUGAUACCUUCUGUGCUGCGUUUACGGCUAUUACUAUUUUUAUUGGACACUUUGAUCCUAACCUGUCAGGAUGGGGAAACUUUGGCUUCUGGAUUGGAGCUUUGCCUUCAGCUUAUACGUUUUCGGCUAUCGGUAUGAUUACAGCCAUGGCUGAAGAAUGCGGCGAUGCCACGGUCAGACUUCCUCGAGCCCUCGCGCUUUGUGUACCAGUCGGUUGCGUCGCAGGACUAUUCUUUAUCAUCCCAAUCUGCGCGACCCUCCCCCCUCUGGAAGAUCUCCUCGCAGCACCUCUCGGCCAAGUCCUCCCCAUGAUCUUCCACCGCGUAAUGGGCACCAAAGCAGGCGGCAUCGCCCUAACAGCCCUCGUCCUCAUCGUCACUCUCUUCUGCUCCAUCUCCAUCACCGUCGCAGCCUCAAGAACAACAUGGGCCUUUGCCCGCGACCGCGCCAUUCCUCUCUCCAGACUAUGGAGCAAAGUCGACAAGCGUCAUGGCACACCCAUAAUGGCUCUCAUCCUGACCACCGUGAUCGAAAUGCUCCUCGGUCUGAUCUACCUCGGCUCCAGCUCUGCAUUCAACGCCUUCAUCGCUGUUGGAGUAAUCGGCCUUGCAGCUUCAUACGGCAUUCCGAUUCUCCUCUCAAUGCUUACCCGUCGCGCUGGCGUUAAUACAGCGCCUUGGACGUUUGGAAAGCAUUUUGGGUGGGUUAUCAAUGUGCUGGCCUUGGCGUGGAUUUGCUUCGAGAUGGUGCUUUUCACGAUGCCUGUUGCGAUUCCGGUUAACCCUGUUACCAUGAAUUAUGCCGUUGUUGUCUUUUUUGGGUUUAUGGCGAUAUCGGCGGUUUGGUAUGUUGUUCAUGCCAGACAUGUCUACAAGGGACCUCCCGAGUCGGACGGCUUGAGUAAGUAG